CGCCACCGGCCUUGGGGUGGAAUUCGGUACGUUGCUGAGCAUCUUCUCAGCCGGGUUUGUUUGCGGGUUGUCGGUAGGAAGCCGGCCAGAGCCCGGGAUCACUACUGGGAGAUGCACAAGAAUGACUCAAGUGGACUUUGCCUGCAGUACAUUGUAAAGUAUAUCGAGUGAAUUGAUUUCAUAUGGCUACCUCCAGGAAACAUAGAGACUCGAUUCAACAGCAGACCAGCACAAUAGAUUCUGAUGUACAGGGAGGAAGCUAUUGUGAAACUGAGUGGCAAACUCCAAUACUUUCGGAAAAGUUUCAACGCAGGACGGAAAGGCGACCCAGUACAGCUGACAGUGGGGACACAGCUUUGGGAACAUCUUGUUCUGAUAGCACAGACGAUUUCUGCAGCUCCAGUGGGUGUUCCUCCUUCAAACCCAUCCGCUCACAGUCCAUCAUCCCCACUGCUCAUGUCAUGCCUUCCACCUCUGGUAACCCUUCAUCUAAUCUACAUCCAGUGGGCGAUCCAGGCUUCAGUUCUGUCUCUGUGCAGCCAAGUGGUCUCUCUGACACAAAAGAUCAAAGAUCUGGAAAACAUUGGUCUUCGUUGCCCAAGUUGAAUGCGAUCGAAGUUUCCAACUUUGGGACGAGGGCCAGUGAAAUGGAAGAAUCUUCUACCGGUGUUAAAUCUUUGCCUGCAGAUUCAACAAACAUCUACAGACCUACGUUGAAUGUGCUUGACUACUCCUAUCCAAAUACUGAACACCAGAGAUUGGAGAUGGUACGAAAAUUUGAAACUCCUAACAUUGAACCAACCUUGAAUCAGUCUGCUUUUUUGGACACUAUCUGUGAUGACCCUCGGUACAGGUUCCGGGAAUGUAGCAAGGGUGAGGUACCUCAUAACAUCAAUGGUGCUGGAGGCAAGGAUAACUGCAGUAACCACAAUAUGACUUUUAAAUCCUUGCCUGAGAGCAAAACUGCCGACAGUGGCUUGUUAGGACCGAGAACUUGUUUGCGACCUAAUGGUGGAGGCUCUGUUCCUGAAGGGCUCCAUAGUUUACAAGCCCAGCAAACACCUUGGGCUCCGCUGUGGCUAAGGGACCGAGCACGUGGGAAACAGUUUGACGUCCGCUGUAACGAUAGAUCUUGUGACCUGACGGCAUGGCAGCAGGAGCAGUUGGAAAGCCUGAGGCUACAAGUAGAGCAAAUGCAGUUUUUGAACCAUGGAUCCCAGCAAUACCCUAUGGCCUAUUCCACUUUUGCACAUCAGGAACCGAACAAAUGGGACCCACUGAUAAAAGCAAAUGAAAGCUUGUUGAAAGAGAAGGAGAUGGUUAUAGAAAGGCAGAAACAACAGAUCAGUCAGCUGGAGCAGAAGAUGAGGCAGAGCGAGCUACAGAUGCAUAGUGCCCUGCUGGGCCAUCCAGUUCCACUUAGCGAUGUUUGCAUACUCCGACUGCAGGAAUCUCUACGGGAAAAUGCUUUCCUGCGGUCCCAGUAUGCAGAACGGACAGAAACAUUGAAUAACGAAAAAUUGGAGAUGGAGAAAAAGCUAUCGGCGACGGAAGUAGAGGUUCGUCGACUGAAUGAAAGUCUCAAAGAAAAUACACAGAAGCACGUGGAUGAUAUGAAGAGAAUGGAAGAAAAGGUCCGAGGCCGUGACAAACACAUCAACAACCUGAAACGAAAGUGUCAGAAGGAGGCAGAACAGAACAGAGAGAAGCAACAACGCAUUGAAACUCUAGAGCGGUACCUGGCAGAUCUGCCCACCCUGGAUGACUAUCAGAAGCAGAGUAGACAGCUGAAGGAUGUGGACCUGCGAUGUGAGUUGCUGCAGAGUACGGUGCUUGAUCUGGAGGCCAAACUAGGGGAAGCUCGAGCGCGAUGUCGUGAAAAGGACAGCAUCCUGGAGAAGCAGAAACAGAAAGAGAUGGAGCUGGUCUCCACAGUUCAUGGCCUGCAGGAGAAAGUCGCAAAGUGUCUGGAAGAUGGCGUGAGGUUGCCAAUCAUGGAUGUAGAGAAACUGAAAUGUGAGAGCAACAACCUCAAGGGAGAUUACGAACGGGCCAUGAAGAUUAUAGAUAAACAACAGAAGAAAAUGGAACAGCUCACCUCACAAAUACAGACCCUAGAGGAGCAUGUGGCACAAGAAGAAGGGACAAGUCAGGGUCUUCGUGAGGAGCUAUCUGGGAAGGAGAAUGGAUCACAGUUACUGAGGAAGGCCAUGAAAGAGCUUUCUGCCCAGAAUCAGGAGCUGAUUGAAAGGAACUUGACGCUUCAGGAACAGUUGGGACAAUUGGACCAGAGCAAGCAACUACCAUCUGAAAGCAUGCAGCUGUUGGAGAGGCUGCAUCAAGAGCUGGCUAGAAGUUUGCAUGACCUACAGGCAAUCUGUAACAUCCUCACGCAGAGAGCCCAAGGCAAAGACCCUAACCUCUCUCUCCUGCUCGGGAUCCAGUCGAUGCAUUAUUCCAGUGCAGAAGAGGGGGACUGGCAGAACAUGGAGCUACUGACCAAGAGACUGACUGAAGUGAGGCAGCUGGGCAGAGACAUCGAUGAGUUGAGAACUAGGAUAUCGGAUCGAUAUGCUCAGGACAUGGGAGACAACUGCAUUACGCAGUGAAUGUGUGCAAUAGGGAGUGGGUGGGGGGCGUGGGUUUGAAGGACACUGCACUUAUCUUUGUGUUGGACAUUCUGGUAAAUGCCUUGAUUGAAACCAGUUGAGGAAAGAGGUUCACAAACUUGUUACAGUACGGUUUCCCUGUAAGAUAUGGACAGAGGUAAUUUAGUUACAGCUGCAUCACUUGCAUCUGCUUUAAUGCAGUAAACAGGCAACCACCUUCCUGUGUGUCUUUCGGUAAAUAUUCAAACUACAGAACAAGUGCUUGCUCACUCACUUUGCAAGCAAUCCUCUUGUUUCUAACGAUUGUGGCAGUAUUUCCAGCAACAUGUGUAGUAACUAACUUCAAAGGCAAAAUACUGCGGAUGCUGAAAAUCUGGAUUAAAACUCAAAUGCUGGGAAUGGUCAGCUGCCUGGUAGCAUCUGUAGAGAGAGAAAAACAGUUAAAGCUUCUGGUCGGAUGGCUUUCAUUAGAACUAAAAAAAACUAAAACAUUACCUCUGUUUCUCUCAUCACAGAUGCUGGCUGGCCUUAUGAGUGUUUCCAGCCUUUUCUGUUUUAAUUUUUGUACAGUUUCUGUGUUUAAUGCCAGUUCCUAGAUUGGCUGCAAUUCUUUCAGCUUCUAAACUUCAGUUGGAGUUGGCAAUGAGAACGUAAUCCAAGGAGUAGGCAAUUGGGUAUUUUGAGAGGAGUGGUGCAAUUAGCCAUUUUGGGAGAUGUGGGCUAAAUUUGCAGACAGCUGUGAUAAUCUUUAUGUAAAUUGAUUCUUAGGUGUGCAGUUUUUCUAGAUAUAAAGGAGUGGGUUGCUUUAAUCGACAAUUUAAACAAAUCAACAGGAGAGGUGGGAAUUAAUAGAUGUAGGUUAGGGUUAAAAGGCCUUCAUUUAACCAAAGAAUUAUGAUAUUUCCUAGUGAGCAUGUCCUGACCACUACUGGUGAUACUGGGGCAGAGUGGGGUGGAGCAGGCUGGAAUAGAAUGGAUGUGUGCAAUCACCCUGAUCUGUAUUGACUGAAACUGGAGUGUAGUUAUCCCCAGUACUUUCAUUUUUAAACUUGUAUUUUUUAAAAAUGGUGAACAUGCCUCUCAUCUAAGUGAAGCAUCUUUGCCCAGGGAAUGGACCACUUCCAGGACCCAGUGCCUUUAUUGUGCAAUACCAGGUCAGGAAUAGAUGUAUCCUGCAGCUUUUUACCCUCUCCUGCCAAUGUUCGCAAACUUCCUAAUUGUACCUGUCUGAUGUUUGUUUCCCACAGACCUAAGAGAAAAUUGGGAACCUUGGGGACUGAAUUGAGACCACCCCCAUUGUGCCCACAACUAAAAUUAGAUCCUAAAUUGUGCAGAAACUUGAAUCAAGAAAUUAUUUUAAAUGGAUUGUGAGCUUUCAGUGGCCCUGAGAAUCUCUGAAUUGGACCACACUCUGUUGCAGUGUUGAGAGAUUUUCAAAGCACUUGCACUGACUGCACUGCUGUAGUACGAAGAGGACCCAGAGAAAGCAUGUCACUGCUGCAGUGCUUGAUUACGCAUCUAUUACCAUUAAUCAUGCAGAAAAAGUCACUGAAAAUAGUGCAGCAUUUAGCCUUUUGUAAAGUGCAUUCAGCGAAUUCCAUGGGCCAGGUUCAAUCAGUGUUCAUUUAUUGGACCAGGCAAUGCUGCACACUGCAUGUGUAAGAUCUUUGCAUUUCCAUAAGGAGGGUACUAACUGAUUCAUUGUUUUUAUUCAGGCUGAUUAAACUAUAUGAAAGGGGAUACUGUAAUUCGCAACUCAUUCAAUACUGUAAAAGAUUUCCUAAUUGAAUCACUCAAUUUUUAGAUGGGCAGACCUUGUUUUCAGUUGAUUUCCAGCAUUCGCAGGUUUUUGAAAUCCAUGGGAAAUCUGUUGUGCAUCUGUAUUCUUAAAUAUAAGCUAAAAAGAGCCACUCAUCUCUAAGUAAUACUGACCUCUCGCCUUGUCCAGUGUCCUGCUGAUUGAAAGUUUUCCUUUGUAUAAUGUCUUAUGCAAACACUGGCCAGUUUCUGAACUUCUACCCAGCUUUGAUUUUAUUUCCUUUUUCAUAAUGAAAAAUAUAAAGAUUUCAGAAUACUGAAUAGUUCACAUGUGAAGCGACUGGAAAGUGUGGCCUGCAAAUGGAGCCACAGCUCAGGAUAUCUCAUCUCUGCAUUUUAUCGGAAUAGGAUCAGUGUGAAGGAGUCAACCUCUCACUGUCUUGCUUUGCCUUGAAAAGACAACUGUUUGUACUAAUUUUAUUACAAUUUUUGUACAUUUUUGAUGUAAGAAUUAUUUAUAAAUUUCGUACAUGUACUUACAUUUGUAUUUACAAAUAAAAUUUUCUAUUUAACUGGU